AUGACUGGCACCGUAGAUGUGGAAGACGUUCUAUCCAAGCUCAACAAUGUCGAGAAAUGCGCCCUGCUAGCAGGUAAAUCUCCUCACGUCUCCCAUGCUAUUAUACACCCCCAUUGACAAGUUAUAGGUGCCGAUUGGUGGCAUACAGUCCCGGUGAAACGUCUGGGAAUUCCCGUCAUUCGAGUAUCUGACGGACCAAACGGUGUUCGCGGAACCAAAUUCUUCAACGGUGUCAAAGCAGCUUGUUUCCCCUGCGGUACCGGGUUGGGUGCAACAUGGGAUGUUGACCUCCUUCGAGAGGCUGGUCGAUUGAUGGGAGAUGAGAGCAAAUCCAAAGGGUCACAUAUUAUCCUUGGACCUACCAUCAAUAUGCAGCGGUCUCCACUUGGGGGUCGAGGAUUUGAGAGUUUGAGUGAAGAUCCGGUUUUGGCGGGCCUUGGAGCUGCUGCGUUGGUUAAUGGGAUCCAGGAUAGGGAUAUUGCGGCUACCAUCAAGCAUUUUGUUUGUAAUGAUCAGGAGCAUGAGAGGAAUGGGACGAAUGCUAUUCUUACUGAUAGGGCAUUGAGGGAGAUUUAUUGUCUGCCUUUUCAGUUGGUUGUGAGAGAUUCGCAACCUGCGUGCUUCAUGGUAAGUAGUCUGCCAAUUCCACUCUCGGUUUUCCUUGGAGUAAGUACUGACUGUUCAACAGACAGCUUACAACAAAAUUAAUGGCGUUCACGUUUCCGAAAAUCCUAAAAUUUUGAAGGAUAUACUUCGUGGUGAGUGGGGCUGGGAAGGCGUAGUCAUGAGCGAUUGGUAUGUAUAUUCAAGGUCCUUUCAUUUGGCGUCUUACUGAAUUGUACAGGUGGGGAACAUAUUCGACGUCCGAAGCCAUUAACGCAGGUCUUGAUUUGGAAAUGCCUGGCCCUACUCGAUGGAGAGGAAUGGCUUUACAGCAAUCUGUCACAGUAGGAAAGGUUCAUCAGCACAUUCUUGAUGAACGUGUUCGAAAUGUUCUCAAUCUCAUCAAUCGUGUUGCAGCAGCAAAGAUUGAAGAGAAUGCCCCGGAGCUGGCUGCGAAUACACCGGAGACAGCUGCUUUUUUGCGAAAGAUUGGUGGGGAAGGUAUUGUGUUGAUGAAGAAUGAGGACAAGGUCUUGCCGUUGUCAAAAGAAAAGAAGGCGAGAAAUUUAAAUCCAUAGAUUCAAUUCAAUGCUAAUUGAUUCUAUAGUCACUCGUUCUUGGUCCUAAUGCUAAAUAUGCAGCUUAUCAUGGGGGUGGUUCGGCAGCACUUGCUAGCUUUUACGCAAUCACUCCUUUUGAUGGUAUCAAAGCACAGCUUACCAGCGAGCCAUCUUACACAGUCGGAUGUUACGCCCACAAAGAGUUACCACUCCUCGGCGAGAUCCUCAAGACAGCAAAGGGCGAGACUGGUAUUUCAUUCAAAGCAUACAACGAACCACCAUCAGUCAAAGACCGCGAAAUAGCCGACGACCUACUUCUCACGAAGACUGAGCUCCUGAUGAUGGAUUAUACGUGCGAGAAGAUCAAGAACGAAUUAUUCUGGGCCGACAUCGAAGGCUUCUACACAGCAGAGGAAGACUGUGAUUUUGAGCUGGGUCUUGGUGUUUAUGGAGCUGCGAAGUUGUAUGUUGAUGACAAGCUACUGAUUGAUAACGCGGCGACUCAAAGAAAAGGUACCAUGUUCUUUAAUUGUGGUACGGUUGAGGAGAAGGGAAUCUUUUCUGUCAAGAAAGGAAAAACAUACCAUAUCAAGGUUGAGUUUAGCAGUGCUCCAUCUUGCAAAUUGGAUCCUGGUAAUAAUACCCUUUUUGGGAGUGGUGCUGUCAGAAUCGGAGGGGCCAAGGUCAUUGACCCUGAAGAAGAGAUUGAACGUGCUGUGGAAUUGGCAAAGCAAGCUGAUCAAGUUAUCAUCUGUACAGGCCUGAAUGUAAGUUACUUUUCCCAAUUCCGGUUAACGAGACUGACAUAUUUACAGGCCGACUGGGAAGGCGAAGGUACCGAUCGCGAGAAUAUGGAUCUCCCAGGUUCCACAAACGCCCUUAUCUCCGCAGUCAUAGCAGCGAAUCCUUCAACCGUCGUCGUCAUGCAAUCCGGUACACCCGUCGAAAUGCCAUGGGCCUCCUCUGUCAAAGGAAUGAUCCACGCGUGGUACGGCGGAAACGAAACCGGCAAUGCAAUCGCCGACGUUCUAUUCGGGAACGUAAACCCCAGUGCUAAACUCCCCCUCAGUUUCCCAAAAAGAUUGCAAGACAACCCAGCGUUUUUGAAUUACAGAACGGAAAGGGGACGAACGAUUUAUGGAGAGGAUAUCUAUGUGGGAUAUCGAUACUAUGAAAUGCUCGAUCUUCCCACGCUUUUCCCAUUCGGCCAUGGGCUUUCUUAUACUACUUUCGAUAUCACUGAUCUUUCACUCACGAAAGAUGACAUGCUCCUCAAACUCAGCGUCAAAGUCACCAAUACCGGCGAGGUAGCGGGUGCAGAAGUCGUCCAAGUCUAUAUUUCCCAGAAAAAUCCAAGUAUCAAGCGGCCCAAGAAGGAACUGAAAGGAUUCAGGAAAGUCUUUCUUGAAAAAGGAGAGAGUCAAAAUGUGCAAAUCGACAUUGAAACUAAAUACGCUACGAGUUUUUGGGAUGAGGUUAGGGAUUCGUGGAUUUGUGAGAAGGAUACUUAUGAAGUGCUUGUUGGGUCGACGAGCGCGGAGAUUGCUCAGAAGGGUAGUUUUGAGGUUGGGGAGACGAGCUGGUGGAAGGGGUUGUGAAGCGAUGAAUGAAUGGGGAAAUUUUGGGGAUUGGGUUAUGACUUUAUGACUUGUGGGACGCGCUUGGUGCGUUUAUGGUGUUUGG